AUGGAACCCAUCGCUAUCGUUGGACUUGCAUUCAAGCUCCCCCAGGAUAUAGAGGAUGAAGCAAGCUUCUGGCGCAUACUCGAGCAAGGUCAAAGUGUGAUGACAGAAUGGCCUAAGUCGAGAGUCGAUGUCAACGCGUUUGCAAGAUCACCUGAGGCUGCACUCAACACCUUGACCUCGACCCGAGGACAUUUUCUAAAACAAAAUCUGGCCAGUUUCGAUGCUCCGUUCUUCUCCAUAUCCUCGAAAGAGGCAUCGGCGAUGGAUCCACAGCAACGCAUGCUGUUGGAAACAUCUUACCAUGCACUAGAAAACGCGGGAAUACCACUAAGUCGCAUUGCUGGAACCGAAACAGGCGUGUUUGUUGGCACGAUGGAAAGCGAUUAUCAUAGGACGAUCUCUAAAGAUCCAGAUGACGCACCAAUGACUACGGCGACCGGUAUAUCAGUAUCCAUCAUGGCCAACAGGUUAAGUUGGUACUUCGAUCUGAAGGGCCCUUCCAUGCAACUGAAUACGGCUUGUUCCUCAAGCAUGAUUGCAGUAGAUCUUGGCUGCCAGUCGAUCCGAUCAGGUCAAAGUUCUACGGUGCUUGUCGCAGGAUCAAGUCUGAUGUUGGACCCCGAAUACUCAUUAUAUCUGAGUAACAUGAACAUGCUGUCGCCUGAUGGUAUUUGCCACAGCUUUGACGAUCGCGCGAACGGCUACAGCAGAGGCGAGGGUGUCAUAGUCAUGAUCCUCAAAAAGCUUUCCACGGCAAUCUCAGAUGGGGAUAACAUACGUGCUAUCAUUCGAGGCACAGGAUCGAACCAAGACGGUCGAACACCAGGGAUCACCCAACCAAGUUCGGUGUCGCAAGAGAACCUUAUUCGACAUACGUACCGGACUUGCAAUCUUGGAUUCGAAUCAACACGCUACAUAGAAGCUCACGGUACCGGAACACAAAUCGGAGAUGCCAUGGAGAUGAGAGCUCUUGGUGCUGUCUUCAGAACAGCUCGCUCGCCCAGAGCCCCUCUUUUUGUUGGGUCUGUCAAGACCAAUAUUGGACACCUUGAGGGUGGAAGUGGACUGGCCGGGAUUGCCAAAUCCAUCCUCAUUCUUGAGAAAGGUUUCAUACCACCGAACGCGCUGUUUGAGAGGCUGAAUACGAAGGUCAAUGCUAAACGAAAUAAUAUCCAGGUCCCAGCGUCUUGUACUCGUUGGCCAGGUGAAGGCUUGCGUCGAAUUUCCGUCAACUCGUUUGGCUUCGGUGGCUCGAAUGCUCACGCUAUUCUCGACGAUGCGUAUCAUACACUUGAAACGCUCAGUUUGCGAGACAGUCUCCGUAGCAUCGAAACACCGAACAUUGCGCUGCCAGCAACGUCGAACGGACGCCGCCAGAACGAUGUGAAAGUGAUGGGAUCAGUAUCGGAAGAGAAAGUCGACGGACCAACUUCUGGUAUCGAUGAUGCUGCGAGAGCCAAUGGCGUGACCUCAUCAUCUACUGAUGUCGUGGCUUUGACGACUACCAAUGGGCUGUCAGCAGUCCUUAGUGAAACGGAAACUCAAUUGACUCAGGGCUCGGAGAAGAAGACCGACGACAAUACUGUGUCACACGGCAUAUCUCCAAACCACCGCCAGAUUCUAACCUUCACUGCCCGCGACGAAGCGGCCUUGAAGCGAAUCCAUCAGCAAUACGCAGAAUACUAUGAUCGCAGCAUAGCUGGAGCGCCCAGGAUGCUGGACGAUCUCGCUUACACUCUCGCAGCGCGUCGAAAUACAAUGUCCAUGCGAUCAUUCAUAGUCGCUGGUUUGGACUCAUCGUCUUCGAGUUUAGGUCUGCCAAAUCUGAAAUGCGUACGAUCAUCAGGGGAGCCACAGCUUUGCUUCGUAUUCACAGGCCAAGGCGCCCAGUAUGCGAAGAUGGGGCUCGAACUUAUUGACUAUCCGGUGUUCAAGGACGUUCUGACUCAGGCCGAUCACAUUUUCCAAAGCAUCGGGGCUGAAUGGUCUUUAUUCGAUGAGAUGAAAAGCGGAGAGAGAAUCAAUUUUCCGCAGUUCAGUCAGCCCCUAUGCACCGCUCUUCAGAUAGCCCUUGUUGAGUUGUUGAGGAGCUUCCACAUUGCUCCGGUGGCUGUUGUUGGCCACUCAUCCGGUGAGAUUGCGGCUGCAUACACUAUUGGUGCAUUGUCUCUCGAGUCCGCCUGCAGAAUUUCCUAUCACAGAGGUAGACUGAGUGGACAGUUGGCUGCGCAGUUGGCAGCUUCCAUGAAGACUGGAGCCAUGAUGUCUGCCAACCUUCAAGAAGGCCAAGUUCGUGCGUACGUCGACAAGUAUCUUUCGGACGCGAACAUCCGGGUGGCCUGCGUUAACAGUCCUUCGAACGUGACUUUAGCGGGGCCUGAAGCAGACGUUGAUGCACUGAAACGUCAUCUUGAUGAUGACCACAUAUUUGCACAGAAGCUGAACACUGGAAUCGCAUAUCACACUGUGGUUAUGAAUGAGAUGGCCCAGGAAUACGUCUCGUGCCUGAACGAUCUCGUUGAGUCGACACCUGGAUCAUGUGCUACUCUGAUGGUGUCUUCAGUCACAGGACAAAGGAUUACCGCGACAGACUUGUGUACGGCACAAUACUGGGCCGACAACCUUACUUCGCCAGUGCGCUUCCUCGAUGCGCUGCAGUAUCUCGCAAUAGCUGCACCGAAGCUAGAUGGCAUCAGAGCGAUAUCCGACUACAUCGAGGUCGGCCCCCACGGAGCACUACGGCGACCCAUCAAGGAGACAUUAAGCCAGGUGCCGAAUUACAGGACCUUCGCAUAUGCAUCCGUCUUGUCGAAGCUUGUGUCACCUGUAAAGACCACAAUGGAAGUAGCCGGUCAUCUCUUUACCCGUGGCUACCCUGUCUCCAUCACUGCAGUCAAUCGAUACACUGCUAGCUCAAACUUGCCUAUGCUACUCUCGGAUACACCAAAGUAUCCGUUCGAUCGUACUCAACAGCAUUGGUUCGAAAGCCGAUUAAGCCGUGACUGGCGUCUGCGUGGUGCUGCUCCAAGAAGUGUACUUGGCAUACGUGUGACCGACUGGAAUUCACUUGAACCGCGAUGGCGCAAGAUGCUCUCUACCCAAGAGACGCCUUGGAUUGCGGAACACGUCGUGUCUGGCGUCAUAGUGUUUCCGGCGGCUGGUAUGAUCGUCAUGGCAUUGGAAGCUAUAAAACAAACAGUACAGUCGCACCAGACACUGUCCGGGUUUCUGGUCAAGGAAGCGACAUUUGCGACUCCAAUAUUUGUCAGCACGGAACGAAAGACCGAAGUCGUGACACAGCUGCGUCCGAUUAAGGCAGCUUACGAGCGAGAGGCCCUGCGAUUCGAUGUCGUAAUAUUUUCGAUCGACGACAAUGGAAGAUGGACGGAGUGUUUCAAGGCUACCAUUCAUGCGCAGCCUAAGACGGGUGCCACAUCCGAAGUUGACGGAGGACUUGAAGCACGUGAAACAGCGGAAGCCUGCGUCAGCCGCUACAAGGAAGCAAAGCUUUCGUGUACCAAGCGCAUCAGUUCGCAAGACUUUUACGAAUGGCUAGACAGACAGGGUCUCUCGUAUGGCGAAGCAUUCGCUCUUUCAAAAGACAUCUUCUGGGACGGGAGUGAGCUCUGUGUAUCGCGCGUUGACAACUCUGAAGAGCCCUAUGAGGGUGUGGUGCACCCGACUGUACUCGACAACUGCCUGCAGCUGUGUUGCACAGCGCCUUCAGGAGGAAUGACCAAGAAGCUUUCAACAUUCAUCCCAAGUAGUAUGCGCGACCUCUGGGUUUCCGCAACGGGAUGGCAGCAUCCAGAAACCAAUUCGAUCCGGAUCAUGACCCAGGCGAAACCGAACAUACAGAUGACCGGGCUCAACUGUUCUAUGAUGGCUUUCAGUGAUCCUGGACAACUGCUCUGCAACGGUAAACACCUUGGCAUGUCGGCCGUCGCCAGCAAGACCUCCGCAGACGAUGGUCAAAAGCGAUUGGUGCAUAGUAUCGAUUGGAAGCCGCAGCUAUCUCUGCUCACCAAGCAACAACUUUCUGAACACUGCAAGUCAGACAACAAAGAUGACGAAAUCUCGGAGAUAGAAUACUGCAUCUCGUUGGAAGAUGCUAUCCGCGCACGACUCCAACGCAUUCUUCCCCAACUCCAAGGUUUGGUAGAACCAGGGACACCGACUCACCUCAAGCGGUUCGUGAUGUGGAUCGAGCGACAACUUCGGCAAACGCCAGGUAAAGCUGCGGAUGAAGUUAGCGAUGCACAGCUCGGCUUGAGGCUUGAACGCCUUCGAGAGAGCAGACCAUCGUGGAGACUGUGUCUUGAAGUGCUCGAAAACUUGCCUUCGAUCAUCAGCGGCGAGACUGAUGCACUCGAUCUACUCUUCACAACACCUGUAGCUCACGACUUGUACGAUGCUUUCUUCCACCGCACAUGCAAUGAGAAGCUAUACAACUUUCUUGAACUGACCGUCCAUCAAAACCCUAAUCAGAAGAUUCUUGAAGUUGGAGCGGGAACAGGUGGCAUGACGAACCAGAUCCUGACGAUGCUACACCAGAUCGAACAACGUACUGGUGGCACUUCUUUCCGCGAGUACGUCUACACUGAUGUCUCACCCGCCUACUUCGAAGGGGCUCGUGAACGCUUUGCAAACUACGCGAGUCGGAUGACCUUCAAGACCAUCGAUCUCGAAAGCGACAUCAGUGCGAACAUCGAGCCUGGAUCGUGCGACAUGAUUUUUGCGGGCAGUGUGUUGCAUGCCACCAAAAACCUGGCCAAAACUAUGCGCAAUCUUCGGCGUGCACUGAAACCCGGUGGCCAGCUCGUCUUCCUGGAAAUUACACAAGCUCCAGAAUGCUUCCCUAUGAGCUUUGGUUUCGGUGUGCUUCCAGGGUGGUGGUGUGCCGAAGAAACGUCCCGCGAAUGGUGCCCGACGCUCACCCAGGUGCAGUGGGAUGUUCUGCUGAAAGAGACUGGGUUUACUGGCAACGAGUUGCUUGUCAAGGAUUAUGAGGACCCAAGGGCGAACUAUGUGACCAUCAUCACUUCUACAGCCGAGAAGACAUCGAAAGCAGUGAUUGAGGUCUCAAGGGUGUUAGUGGUCAUCAAUGAUCAUGACGAGCAGCAAAAGAAUCUGGCUCGAGCGGUGUGGACUGCGAUAUCCGCUUCCUUCACUUGUGAAGUGAUCCUUUUUACGCUUUCGCACAUCGCUGAAGCGGAAAUCGGUCCAUCGAACUGCAUCCUAUUCCUCGCAGAUAUGCAAGGAUCAAUCUUGGCCGAGCCAUCGAGAGAUGAGUUCCGACUGGUUCAGACCUGGUUGCAACAGUCGAAACACUUGCUCUGGGUGACUGCAGCACUCACAUCUCAGCAAUUUUCGCCGUGUACCAGUAUCAAGGACGGUUUGCUUAGAGUGAUACGAGCUGAGAACAACAGCAAGAAGAUCAUUUCCCUCACUCUGGAGCACGACGCUUCCGACAUCCAAAUUUGCCAGCGGUGCAUCGUACAAGUCUUUCGCUCAGCAUUUGAGGACGUGUCCCCCGAGCUAGAGUACACGGUUCGAGAUGGAAAGAUCAUGACUGGACGUCUGGUGUUCGAAGCUGAUCUUAAUAGAGAUGUAGUUUCUUGCAUGUCACCGAUCACGAGACACGAAGCAUGGCUUCCAGGGCCACCUCUAAAACUACACGUUGCGUCACGAGGGUCUCUUGAAUCGUUAUGUUUCAUCGAAGACGAGUACUCCAGCGAGCUUGGCCCAACGGAGAUUGAAAUUGAGACCCAAGCCUGGGCAGUGGGCUUCCGCGAUGUAUUUGGUGCACUUGGCCGACUGGACGAAAACGAAUUCGGGACAGAUUGCGCUGGCACGGUCAGAAGGGUUGGUCCUAAGUGUACUCAGCUACGUCCUGGCGAUCGCGUAAGUACGUCAAUGUUUGGCUGUAUGCGCACAUAUGUGUACUGCGACGAGGGAGAUGCCAUCAAGGUUCCGGACACGCUCUCCUUGGAGGAGGCUUGUGGAGUCAUCAACCCAGUAAUGACGGCGUGGCACUCUCUCGUGGAUGUAGCGCGCCUUCAGAAGGGUGAGAAGAUACUCAUCCAUGCCGCGUCCGGCGGUACAGGACAGGUCGCGAUCCAAGUUGCCCAAAUGCUCGGUGCUGAAGUCUACGCUACUGUGGGUUAUGAUCAUAAGAAAGAGUUGCUUAUCAAGGAAUAUGGUGUUCCAGCUGCCAACAUCCUCUAUUCCAGAGAUCUGAGCUUUGCUCAAGGCAUCAUGCGAGUCACCAAUGGAUAUGGGGUAGAUGUGGUGCUAAACUCACUAGUUGGCGAAGGUCAGAAAUCGUCAUGGGAAUGUGUCGCCCCGUAUGGAAGAUUCGUUGAAAUAGGCAAGGCCGACAUCUACGCAAACUCUCCGUUGCCAAUGGCUAGUUUCGCAAAAAACAGAACUUUCUCCGCAGUAGACCUUCGCGACCUUGCUUUCCACCGGCCAGAAGCGUCAAGAGCGCUCUUCCACAAGACAAUGAACUUAGUCCAGGCGAAGGCAAUCGUCUGCCCAACACCAUUGAACAAAUUUCCAGUACCGGCGAUCGAAGACGCCUUUCGGUACAUGCAAACCGAUCUCAUACAUCGCCCUACCUGGAAGUUCGAUCCCGAAGCUGCGUAUCUGGUCGUCGGAGGUCUGGGGGGCGUGGGACGUUCUAUCCUCCGCUGGAUGAUAUCGAGAGGCGCAAAACAGAUGAUUGUGCCAUCCAGAUCCGGACCUCGUGGCGAAGCUGCCUUUAAGACUGUGAUCGACGCAAUCAAAUCGGGUGUCACCAUUCUAACGCCAAGCUGUGACGUUUCCGAUAUGGCGUCACUCAAACUGAUGCUAGAUCAGUGUGCACCAGUCGUAGGUCCAAUUCGUGGGUGCAUAAAUGCGGCCAUGGUUAUACAAGAUUCGAUUUUCGACAACAUGACGCAUGCUCAAUGGAAAAAGACCAUCGAUUCGAAAGUCAAGUCGUCGUGGAAUCUUCAUGCUCUACUCCCGAAUGACCUAGACAUCUUCAUCCUGCUCUCAUCUGCAGCUGGCGUUCUUGGCAACGCCGGGCAAUCCAACUACGCAGCAGGCUGCACAUUCCAAGACGCACUAUCUUCGUUUCGGAAGUCCCAGGGACGAAAGGCAGUGUCGAUUGACCUCGGUCUGAUGAGCACGGUUGGCUUCGUGGCGGAAAAUGAAGGCGUCAAGAAAACCCUGGAGCGGUAUGAAGGUUUGAGAGCAAUCGACGAAGCAGAGUUCCUCGCGCUGAUGGAUAUCCUUUGCGACCCUGAGCACCCGCCAAAUCUUUCAACCGUCAAUGGCCAAGUAACCAUGGGUAUCACCACGCCGGCGGAUCUCGCUCUUGACAACGGCACUAUGCCAAUGGAGCAUAUGCACCAAUCCCUCUUCGCCUACUUCGUUCAGACAGAAGCCAUGGCGAGCAGCUCCAUGCAAGCAAACGGUGUGAACUCGGCAGCCCUGUUUCGACAAGCCGAAAGUGUGGAGGAGAUGGAUCGCGUCGUCGUCGACUCCUUGGUAAGGAAGAUAGCACGUGCGCUGUCCAUGUCUCUGGAAGGCGUAGAUACAGACAAGGCUCUACAUUUGUACGGGGUCGAUUCGCUCGUUGCGGUGGAGAUUCGUAAUUGGAUCACGAAGGAGUUCAUGGCGGAUGUGCCGGUGUUCGAGUUGAUGAGCGGGAAGUCAAUUCUGGCUAUCGCGCAGCUGGUGACUAAGAACAGCCAAAUCAGGAAGACGGUAGCCAAAGCAUAA